CAGGGGUAGGCAGGCCCUGAGACCCUUGGGUGUGGGGUGAGACCCUCAGGAUGUCCUUCCCGUUCAGAUGGCCAAGGAACAACUACUUGGCUCCAACUCUCUUCUUACCCAGCAGACGGACAGGGGGCAACCGGGGUUUUCUGUUGCUUUUCCUCCCUGCUCCUUUUCCGGCUGGGUACAGCCAGCCCCCGCCGCCCCCCGCCCCCCACAGGAUCCUUGACUCUCCUGAUGCUCGGCCCCCAGAGGAGGACAGAAUUCAGGGGAGCCAGGAGCGCACUGGCAAAGGCAGCUCCGCUGAAGUGCUCCCUCCUCUUGAGCCAAAACCUGCCCUGGUGUGGCCAGCCCCCCUCCCCCAGCAGAUGACCCCUGGACCGCAGCCCGGCAGUGCCCAUGGCAGGGCCUUAGCUGGGAGGCACCAGCAUGAGGACUGUCACCCUCCCCUCUGGAGUCCUUCUCCCCAGACCUGGUGCGGACUCUGGGAAGCACUGUCCACCAGGAGCACCGUGGUCGAGUUAGUGCAGAUGAACAGUGCUGAGUCUGCAGGGCGGCCCAGGGCACCGGCCCGGGCACUGCUGAGGGGCCGUCCCCUGCAGCAGUGCCUUGGUGCUCACACCAGCAGUGUCCACCUCCCCCCUUGGCGGUCCAGCAAGGCCAGAAGUUUCUGGAGGCCCCCGGGCUGCAGCCCCCCUCCCAUACCUCCAUUGUUUACAAACAAGGACAGCGUCACCAGCAUUUAGCAAAGACUCACCAGAGGCUUGCUUAGUUCCUUGCACGCUCCAGCAGCAAACCCCCCCCCCCCCCGCCCGGCCACUGCCUGGGAAGCACGCAGCAUCAGCCCUGGGCCGCCCCUGCUCCACAGACGGGUACCCAGAUGGGCGUCAUGCCACAGGACACUGAGGCUGGAAGCAGCCCAGUCCCUCCCGGAGGAGUUGGCCUGCUGGCAAGAGGGAGAAGCAGACCAGGAGCCCCCACUUCCCCGGGGCCUGAGUCCACUCCGGCCACACUGCCCUCCCCAUCUGCACGUGUCCACUGCAUCUGGAAGUGUCCGCAGAGAUGCUCGAAGCUCUUCCAAAGCCGCAGGCCGACUACACACUAAAGUAAGCGUCCACGUGGGUCCCAAACCCUCCCUGUCCUCAACCUCCAGAAAGCCCUCCUCCCUCUCCUUCAGUUACUUAGAUGCGCAUCGAGCACCUGCUGUGUGCCCUGUUGUACCUCCUCUUGCUGUAAGGGGGAGAGUGACACAUGCCCCACAGUGCCCUGGGGAGACCAGCGCUGGUGGGGGUGGGUGGGUGGGGACCUAGGGCCUCCUGAAGUGACCUGGGCUCAGAGGCCACGCAGAGAGGGAACGUGCAUGGGGCCAGAUGCAAGGACCCAGGAAGCAGGGGGCAGUGGCCUUGAGAUGCAGGUGUCCCCUCUGGCCGCCCAUUCAUGCUCUGGCCCUUCCAUGUGGUCUGCCCUUUGCCUCAACACCGACCGAGUCCAUGCCAUUCCUGGGGGCGCAGUCCACAUAAGCAUCAGGACCUCACCACCCACCCACAUGGCCAGGCCUGCAGCAGGGCUAAGAGGGGGGCUCCCAG